AUGAAUUCGAAUAUUAUUUCAAAUAUCUCAAAUUCUUACUGCAGGGAUAAUGAUGACACACCAGGUAAAAUUCAUACCUUGUAUCAGCAGCAUUAUUCGAAGUAUAAAACAUAUCUGAAAAAAAUGGGCAAAAAACAUGAUCCAUCUGUUCCGGAACCAAUUCGAUUACUUAAAUUUGCACAAUCUUUGAAAAUGAUUGAUGAACAUAACCAGCGUUACAGUAAAGGAUUGGAAACAUACAAAGUAGAUCUGAACGAAAUGAGCGAUUGGACGGAAGAAGAGAAAGAAAGACUUCACGGAUAUUAUCCAAAUUUGACUGCAAAAGUGGAAGGAAAUAUGAGUAAAAUAAUUGGAAAAAAAUCAUCCAAAUCUGUACCAAAUUCUAUUGAUUACAGAAAGAAAAUAGCUGCACUACCAGUAAAAAAUCAAGGUGAUUGUGGUGUGUGUUUUAUUUUCUCAGCAUUAGGAGCGGUUGAAAUGUAUGUGGCGCUCAAGACUAAAAAACCACCGGUAGCACUAUCAGUACAGGAUGUAAUGGAUUGUAGUGGAAUGGAAAAAUGCAACGGAAGAGGCGGAAAUGAACCUGCGGUUUUUCAUUGGGUUGCUGAGCACGGUGUAAAAACCGAUAAAAGUUACCCAUAUAAGGAGGCUGAUAGUAUUUCAUGCCCGAGAACGACAUCGGGACGAUUAAACUAUAGAUUAGCUGGCGCUAUGUAUUUACCUUUUGACGAUGAAGAAGUUCUUAGAAAGGUAUUGGCGUUCUAUGGACCAGUUAGUGUAUCAUUACAUGCUUCAUCGUCAAGCUUUAGAGCUUAUCGAAGUGGUAAUUAUGUAAAUCAUGCGGUCUUGGCUGUUGGUUAUGGUGUCGAAAAUGGAAUGAAAUAUUUUAUCAUCAGAAAUAGCUGGGGUCCUACAUGGGGCGAAAAAGGAUACGGUCGUAUUCGCGCUGGGGUAUUUAUGUGCGGUAUUGGUCAUUCUUCGAAUGUACCAGUUUUCAUAUAA